AUAUGCAUACUACGCAUGUGCGCGCUUGCCCGCUCAAGACGAAAAUCAAGUGGGCUGUGGAACUUAAACCAAGUGAAAUUGUCUACAUUCAUUUUAUUUCAUUCAUCUGUAUUUAGGUGUUCUGCAGGAGGCAUCAUGUCUCGAGGGUCGUCGAUUUUCGACAUGGGAUUCUCCUUAGCGGAAUUACAGUUGAUGGACCUGUACGACGAAGCGAUUGAAUCGGCCAACAGAGAAACACUUAGUAAGAAUCUCCGUCCCACACCACCUGAAGAACGGUACAAAUUUCCGAAACUGAGCCCAGAACAAUUAAAAAUGAUGUAUGAAUCAUUUGAGGGCAACCCCAGAGACACGGUUGCCAAAAAAUAUAACUGGUGUCUUCAAAGAAAAGAGAUAAUUUCUCUGAAGGGGAUUCAUUGGGUAGAGGACAAAAUUAUAGAUUAUUAUCUUAUGUUGAUUAUGAUACGAGCGUACAAAAAAAAUCUUCCAAGUGUUUUUUGUAUGAACACGAAAUUUUACCAACUGUAUGCCAAGAAAGGCUAUGAAUCAGUGAAAAACUGGACAAAAGAUAUUGAUCUGUUUUCCUUCCAGUUGAUAUGCAUACCAGUCAGGAGAGGAAAUCAUUGGUUUCUGGUUGUUAUUGAUUUUAUAACAAGAGUUAUCAAAUCAUAUGACACUUACAAUGGCAGUCAUACAAAAUACCUGGAAAAAAUCAGGGAUUACUUGGGAUUUGAGAGUUCAGAUAAAAAAAAGAAACAAUUAAGAACACAUCUAAUUCCUAUGUAUAGUUAUAAUAUUGACCGUGCGAUAUCAUGCAGCGACUGCGGCGUAGUUAUUUGCUCUGUUGCAGAGUUUAUAACCAGAGAGUGCAAAGUUGCUUUUUGCCAAGCUGAUUUACCAUACCUAAGGCAAAAAAUGAUUGUAGAAAUUUUGACAGGCGAUCUUCUAGAAUGAAAUAGUUCACAACUAAAUCAACCUCUCAUUAACAUGCCGGAUCUACAUAAUAAACCUUAUCUGUAGUA